AUGGAGACACUUCCUCUUCUCGGCUUUCUUUUCAUUCCCACUCUGGCAUUUCGUGAGCAACAUAUCGGUGUCCAUGGUCAACUCAUGUGUGGAACUGCUCCUCUUAUAGGGGCCUUAGUGAGACUAUGGAGUUACAAAGUCGUGGGGCCUGGCCACGAGUUAGCCAAUACCACCACCGAUAGGAAUGGACAUUUUUAUAUUCAAGGAAAGGACUCUUCUUUGCUGCCAUUGAAUGUACGAUUGAAGAUCAAGCACCACUGCGAAACACCAACGGUAAGGCGUUGGCCAUAA